AGUCGGCGCUGAAACUCAUUUACUGGGAAGGCCAUUAUCGUGGGGUUUUACGCGCCACGUCCGCCGUCUUCACUGCAAUACGCGAGGGAGGGGUGCGUCACCCGCGCAGGAUAAUCAAACACAGUUGUUCUUUUUUAUUUUCAUCUAGUGUUUUUUUCCAGAUGGCGAGCCUUGUCACACAGCACAAAACGUACGUGCACCACGUUGCCCUCGACCCGUCUGGGUCUCUCCUCGCUUCGUGCUCCAGCGACAAGACGGUCGAAGUCUUUCACCGCCGCACCGUGGCGGGCGAGGAGGAGGUGUGGGAGCCGGGGUGCGCCAUGCACGACCACUCCGGCCCGGUGCUGCGUCUCGCCUGGUGCCAGCACCGCGAGCACGGCCCGCUGCUCGCCACAGCCGGCGCCGAUCGCUGGAUCUACAUUUACCGCAUCAUCAUCUCCUCCCACGAAGGGCGCACGCUGCUGCACACAGUGCGGUGGUCGCCGGUGCGGGGCUACGAGAAGGACGUGAUCACUGAUGUGGCCUUUGUGCCACCGCAGCAGUACCACGUCCUGCUGCUCUCCACCGCCUCGCUGGAUGGGUGCGUACGGCUCUACGAGGUCCACCAACCGCAGCAGUUUCCGUGUGUGUGUAAGAUAUCACCAGAGGCCGGCAUGGCUGGGGAAGGGGAGAGGGAGGGAGCGUCACCGAGCCCAGCAGGCGGAAGCGGCGGUGGAGGAGCUGCCAGCACGGCGAGCACGAACGCCGGUGCAGGGUCAGCUAGACAGCGUGAUGAGGCGUCGAAAGGCACCUCUAGCUCAGACGUCUCAAUGAUGCGCACGGGUGGUGUCACCUCGAUUGGUUGGUUUCCCGGCUCUGUGGAGCGCACCAUGACGCUCGCCGUCGGCAGCGUAUCGGGUCGCUUCUUCCUCUACCGCUACAUCAAAGACUCUAAUUCUUUUAUGCCAAUCCACGUACCGCAAGUCGAGACGGGCGUGUUGCGGUGCCGUGCGCCGGUGUGCGAUGUAAGCUGGGCUCCCUCUGUUGGACGCCGAUUUCAGCUCCUCGCUAUUUGCUCUCGACAGGAGGUGUUUAUCCUGCGCCACAACUGUGUGUCGCCCGCGAUCGAUGAGCGACGCAGCUUCGAGCUUUUUCGUUUCCCCGUUGGCGCGGUGAGUGCCUCAUGGAGCCGCUCCGCCACUCUGUUGUACCUCGCCACAGAUGAUCAUCGCACACAGGUGAUUGUGCUACAGAUGUCCAACCCACUCGAUCAUCAGUCGUGGCGAGUUGUAUCGUGCAACGCCUCGGAUUGA